AUGGCGAUUAAGAUAGAGGAUGAGAGUUGCAGAUCUAACCACCAAACUCUAGCAAUUGUUCAUGUGAUUAGCGACAAGAGGGGUAAAAAGAGGAUGGGUAAAUCGAUGAGUUGGACUAAGAAAUGGAAACAGAAAAAUUUCUUACCCUCCUCCUACUCCUACAAACAGAAAACCAAAGAGAGGAAAAUGGAGACUGGAGACGAAGUUAAAGUAUUAGGUUUGGAUCUAUCGACUGUGAAACGUGCAGGCAUCGCAGCCUACAAUCGCACUUCUACAGCCGUCACAAAAGUUGAUCAGGUGGUUAGAGUGGAUGGUAUUUAG